GGCCGGGCGUAUGAGGCCGGCGGCUGCGACGGGCGCGCUGCGGGAUGCGGUGCUGGACGUGGCACCGGCGCUGAGCGGCCCCGGAGCGGACAUGGGGGGGGGAGGGGCCCUGCCCGAGCGGCUCCGGCUCCCGGUGUGCGGCCUCGGCGUGUUCGCCUGCUACUUCUACUACGGCAUCCUGCAGGAGAGCAUCACGCGCGGCCGGUACGGGGAGGGACCGAAGCAGGAGCGGUUCCGGUUCGCGCUGACGCUCGUGUUCAUCCAGUGCGUGGUGAACGCGGCCUUCGCCAAGCUCCUGAUCCAUGUGUUCGAUGCUGUCAGAGUGGAUCGCACCCGGAGCUGGCUCUAUGCCGCCUGCUCCCUCUCCUACCUGGGCGCGAUGGUGUCCAGCAACUCGGCUCUGCAGUUCGUCAGUUACCCCACGCAGGUCCUUGGCAAAUCCUGUAAGCCCAUUCCAGUCAUGCUUCUAGGAGUGACUUUGCUGCGGAAGAGGUAUCCCCUAGCCAAGUACUUCUGUGUCCUCCUGAUCGUGGCCGGUGUCGCCCUCUUCCUGUACAAGCCCAAGAAGGCGGCUGGGAGCGAGGAGCACAGCUUUGGCUACGGAGAGCUCCUCCUGCUGCUGUCGCUGACCCUGGACGGGCUCACGGGUGUGUCUCAGGACCACAUGAGAGCUCACUACCAGACGGGUUCCAACCACAUGAUGCUGAACGUUAACCUCUGGUCCACCUUGUUCCUGGGGGCUGGGAUUCUGUUCACUGGGGAGCUCUGGGAGUUCCUGAGCUUCACGGAGCGAUUUCCCAGCGUCAUUUACAACAUCCUGCUCUUCGGCCUCACCAGUGCUCUGGGUCAGAGCUUCAUUUUCAUGACCGUGGUGUACUUUGGUCCUCUGACGUGUUCCAUCAUCACCACAACCCGCAAGUUCUUCACCAUCUUAGCGUCCGUCAUCCUCUUUGCCAACCCCAUCAGCUCCAUGCAGUGGGUGGGGACGGUCCUUGUGUUCUUGGGCCUCGGGCUCGAUGCCAGGUUUGGGAAGGGAGUGAAGAAGACGUCGCAUUGAGGAGAGGGUGAUCACUGCCCUUGGGAUGGACUUUUAUUUAUUGUCUUGUACCUCAGAAUGGGUUGUGCCCCGGGCUCAGGACGGGAGCCAGGAGGAGCCUGGCUCUGGCUGUUGCUCGGGUUUGUGCUUCAGAGUGUAACAGUUCCGUUCUGGUUGUGAUUGAGCUGCCUUUGUUCUGUUUCUGUAACCAGAGCUGCGCCCCCAGGCCCCCGCAGCAGGAUGCAGCCCUUGCCUUAACAGGGAAAACCCAACCUCCAUGUCUUUAUUAAAGAAAAGGAGAUCAUG